AUGAGUGAAGACUCUGUCGCCCAGCUAGAGGAUGUAUCUGACGAAGAUGAAGACGUCGUCCGUGAAUUAGGUUUCUUCGCCGGAUACCAUGGGCACACGUACUUCGACAAGCAGCAUUACCACAACUCCAUCCUGACGAGAUCCGAUUGGGUAGCCGAGCUCGUUGAAGGAAACCCGACACGCAUGUUCCGAAGCUACCGCAUGACAAAGCCCGUGUUCAGGCCCUUUUGCGCUGCCCUUGACAACGCGGAUCGACAGACACCCUGGUCUCCUGUCAGUGUAGAGGAUAAGGCAGCUAUCUUCCUUUACAGCAUUGCAAAGAACGCCUCGAACAGCGAUCUUCAAGAGCGCUUUCAACACAGCGGAGAAACCAUUCAUCGGCAUUUUUACCGUGUUUUUGAUGUUGCCUGUAACAUGGCGAGUACGUAUCUUGUCCAACCAGCCACCUCAUCACAGCUGCUACAGAACGAACCACAAUAUGCUGGUCAGUUCGAUCAAUGCCGCCUUGUCUUUAAUCGCAUGCACAUCCCUGCCUACGUGCACAGUGAAAAAGCGAAGCCAUUUCGUGAGAGGACUGGUAAGCUCAGUCAGAACGUGUUUGCUGCGUGUACAUUUGUGGUGGAGUGGGGUUCGCAAAAUCACGUUGCGAUCCGCUCGGACACACAGUGCCCUGGACUGUCGACUGACGGAGGGGCAUAUGUUCCCUCAAAGAGGUCACGAAAGUCGUAA